AGACGUUUUUCAAGUCCGGUUGCUUAUGUAUAAUUUGGAUGAACUGCUCUACUUUUGAUAAGAUUUUAAAGAGAAUUAGAAGGACAAGGUGUCAUGCGUUGACCUCGCAUGAGCAGCCUCGGAUUGGCUGGCUAAUUGAUUUUGAUUGUCAUCACAGACUCCAAUUCAAGUACGAAUUUCGUAAAUAAUUAUGUAGGCCUUCCUCAACAGACACGUAUUUCAGUCUUGAAUCGCAACUACCUAGCGCAAAUCGCGCACGGGGCUAUUUCUCUUUGUAAACCCGAUCGGCUAUGGAAAAAUCUAUAACAUGAAUCCACUCCAUUGAUAACGUUGGACUUUCACCUCGAUAUAGUAGGCCGCACAAAACUUAGACGUGGGUGCGUAGAAAUAGAUCGCAGGUGUACUAAAUUGCUCUGCUGGUGUUAUUACAUGGAAACUCACAGAACACACGUCUCGGUUAAUUAGACUGUAUUGUCCAACACUCUGGUUUAAUGGCUUCGUGCAAUAAGUGGUGUAAUACGUAGCUACAUGCAAUUAUGGGUACGUCGAGAUUCUUCGCACCGCGGAAAAUGGUCUGUCGGUGGGCGGGGAAAAUCGGCUUCCUAGCCGGGCUGUGCCUGGUCGGUUACCUGAUGGGCAAAUGGCUGCACUUCUUUCGGGAUUAUGACGCGUUCACAGCAGACUUGAAAGCAAUAGAUCCUGGAAGGCGUGAAGUUGAACACAUGAUUGGUGCUGGUAAAAAGUCUAUGCUGGCUAUGCAGUCUGCCACGGAUGGACGGCGGUUCAGAUAUGUAUCUGCCUUGAAUAAAACAUGGAUGACGUGGACAGACAUUGACAGUCCGGGUGUCUACCGCGCAUGCGUGCCCAGGCCAAAGGACAGCGUGUCCAUGUCGGAGGUGGUGACGGGCGGGCUGGUGGAAAAGUCAUCCACGAUGACCAUCACACACUGCCUGAGUAGCUGCAUCUCUCUAGGUUUUACCUAUGCCGCCCUCAGCCACGGCACAGAGUGCUACUGCAGCGACGUCAAGGGCGAGUCUCCUUUGCUGAAAUACAUGGAGAGCGCCCUCUGCGACUUGCCGUGCCCGGGCGAGCCCAGGUACCACUGUGGCGGCAGGGAGUACAUGUCACUGUACCGGACUUCUGUGCCAGAUCCCCGAUGUUCACGAAUCGAACUGAAACCCGCAGGCAGCCUGCCGCUAAUCGCACUAGCCAGCUACCCCCGCUCUGGCAACACCUGGACACGACAACUCAUCGAGCGGGGGACAGGGCUCCUGACCGGCAGCGUCCAUUGGAAACACGAGAAAGACAUGGCCAUCUCCAGCAAAAUUUUUCCAGGUGGCAACGUCGAUUACCAAAGCAAACAGACGAUAUGCGUCAAGUCCCACCUGAGCGACCCUGCCCACAUCAAGACGUUCGAGGGCGCUGUUCUCCUCAUCCGCAACCCAUACAGCGCCCUCGUGGCCGAGAUAUUCCGCAGGCAGAUGCUGGACCAGGAAAAGUCGGCCGAUGAAACAGUCAAGUACUUCGAUUCACAAGAAUGGAGACGAUUCGCCGAGAACCAGGCCCAGAGCUGGCGCAACAUGGCCGUCCGGUGGAUCACCAACUCUCGCCGAAUUCACGUGGCGCACUACGAGAACCUGCAGGAGAACACGUACGAGGAGCUGGCCAGGAUCGUGCGGUUCCUGGACGUCUCCGUGCAGAAGCAGCGCAUUCUCUGCGCCAUCCAGGAGUACCCGUCGUCCAAGGCCACCGGCGUUGCCCUGGGCAACCACGGGAGGAAAACUCGCGUGUACCUAACCAAGAACCCGUUCCCGACCGACGUGCGGGCAUUAGUGGAUGAAAACAUUAAACAAGUCAAUGCGACGCUUAUAGAGCAUAAACUCACCCCACUACCCAGGGACUACUCCGUCGAAGUAUUCUAGAAUCCAUGCUGUUGCGGCAUCUGUUGCUCGUGAAUUUGAGACUGGUGCUGAUCCAAUACUACUGUGUUUUCCCUGUGCGAAAGAUGGGGAAACCAUACAAACUAUGCAUUGGUGUCCUCGACCACUACGUGGGUGUUUUUGUUUGUUUGUAUUUUUGUAUUUUUUUUAUUGAUUGAAAGCAAAGUGUUUCUCAAGUCUUUUAUCAGUUAAAAAUGGUUGUAAUAUUUAUUUUAGUGCAUAGUUUUGUCAGAUUCAUGUUCAGUCAGUCUUAUGUCAAAUCCUAAUGUCAAAACAUUUAGUUAAAGUCAUUCGUAUGUAAUCUUCCUCGAAGCUUCAAUAUUACCCAACACCCUCCCCCCCCCCUUCUCGAAGAGAUAGACCUGCCAAUAUUCAAGUGUUGCUAUUCUGAUUAUCAAACCCCGCUGCCAUUUUGGCGAUCAUUAGACGUUCCUGACGACAUAUGCAAAAUCAAACCAGCUAUAGAGCUCUUGUUGCAUAUUUUAUUAUAAAAGAGAUGGAUCAAAAAGUUACUCGUGCGUAACUGUGUCUUUUCUCGGUAACUUGCACAGAUGGGGAGGGUUUGGUCGCUAAUUUUGUUUUUGUUUAGCUGAUUAAAGGGGCAUUACGGCCUGAAAUCCUCGACAAA